GCCUGAUCAGGAAGUGGCGGGCGGAGUCCGGGGCCGAGUCGCGCCGCCUUAGCUGCAGCCGCCGUUGCCGCUGCCGCCAGUGCCGAGACCCCGGCCUGGCGGGGCUGCGCUGGGAGUGCGUACGGGCAGGCGGGGGCGCUGACGAGAAGCAGGAAGCGGUGGCCACGCGGGCGUGGGCGGCUGGUCGAGGUGGAGGCGCUGGGAGGCGGCGGCCGGUCGCGUGGGGUGGCCCUCCUCGCUCAGCUGCCUGUUGGAGACUUGGUUUGUAAUGAUUCCUAAACUUCAGUUAUUACAGUUGUUGUCUGCAAAGUCUAAAGACCUGUUCCAAAUCAAAACGCUACGAUACCUUUUCGUCCGACCCUACAUUCCUGUCAUUUAAGAGAAAUAUGGAUCCAAGCCUGUUGAGAGAACGAGAGCUGUUCAAAAAACGAGCUCUUUCCACUCCUGUAGUAGAAAAACGUUCAGUAUCUUCUGAGUCAUCAUCAUCAUCAUCAAAGAAGAAGAAAGCAAAGCUAGAACAUGGAGGAUCAUCAGGCUCUAAACAAAAUUCUGAUCAUAGCAAUGGAUCAUUUAACUUGAAAGCUCUGUCAGGAAGCUCUGGGUAUAAGUUUGGCGUUCUUGCUAAGAUUGUGAAUUACAUGAAGACACGGCAUCAGCGAGGAGAUACACAUCCUCUCACUUUAGAAGAAAUUUUGGAUGAAACACAACAUUUAGAUAUAGGACUCAAGCAGAAACAAUGGCUAAUGACUGAGGCAUUAGUCAAUAAUCCGAAAAUUGAAGUGAUAGAUGGGAAGUAUGCCUUCAAGCCCAAAUACAACUUGAAAGAUAAGAAAGCCCUACUUAGGCUGUUAGAUAAGCAUGACCAGCGAGGCUUAGGAGGAAUUCUUUUAGAAGACAUAGAGGAAGGACUACCCAAUUCCCAGAAAGCUAUCAAGGCUUUGGGGGACCAGAUACUAUUUGUAAAUCGUCCUGAUAAAAAGAAAAUUCUUUUCUUCAAUGAUAAGAGCUGUCAGUUUUCUGUGGAUGAAGAGUUUCAGAAACUUUGGAGGAGUGUCACCGUGGAUUCGAUGGAUGAGGAGAAAAUUGAAGAAUAUCUGAAGCGACAGGGUAUUUCUUCCAUGCAGGAAUCUGGACCAAAGAAAGUGGCCCCUAUUCAGAGAAGGAAAAAACCUGCUUCACAGAAAAAGCGACGGUUUAAGACCCACAAUGAACAUCUGGCUGGAGUGCUGAAGGACUACUCGGACAUUGCUCCUAGCAAAUAGCCAACAGUUUUAUUUGUGAGCAAAGAGUUCAGUACCAUGUCAAGGUCUUUCUUGUUGAUGCUGGGCUCUGAAGACUGUCUUCCCAUUCUAUUUCUUAGGACUGAGGAGAGGAGCAGUUCAGUUUACAUAACAAGAGCAAAUUACCAAACUCCAAGCGUAUUUUAAUUGAAUGGGCUAAUGUGAUAUUCCCUGUUAACCUUCUGUUACUUCCGGGGAAAGGCGCUUAGCAUGGCGUGCAAGUGUCUUUGCUACUUAUCUCUCUUUCUAAGUGGUUCCUGGUUCCAUUUUUCUUCCUUUCUUCCUUUCGAACAAGUUUGCAGAUAGUCUUGAAUGCAAUUUUGUUUGUUCUGAAAGGACAUAUUUAUAAUAAAAUCACUGUAGAAGGAACUCGAAGAUGUUCGUGGAUUCAGUUUGUAUUCCUUCUGUUCUUGGCAGUGGCAGACGGCAGCUCCGGCCUUUCACUCCCACAGGAUGCCUGUUUGGGACCUUGUCGGACGCUGUCAUCUGUGCUGUGGUGCUGAACACACGGAUUUCACAAUUGGAACACACCGUGUCCCCUUUGUUAGCAAAUGUGACAAUAAAGAUACACUGCAUGUGA